UUUUUCUAUGGUUUCAACUAACCUACUUUUGUCUGUAUUGAAGUUGUAUUUGUUUUAUAUAUUAUUUAAAUAAUGAUUGUUAAUACAUUUUUUACUAAUUAAAGUGAUACAAUUAAGAGCACGAAAAUACAUGAAAGGUUAUUAACAAAGAAAUGGACGUCCAAAAUGUUAAACAAGAAAUAGAUAACCACGAUGAUUUCCUGUUAAAUAUCGAUAUAAAAAAAGACUUAAUUGACGAAGUAUCUACAAUAAAAAUUCAAAAUACAAAUGAACAAAUAAAUGAAAUUCAUUCAAUCAAACAAGAAAUCGACGAUGACUUGAAUACAAAUAAAAUAUUUGAUAACAAUGUGGAUGCAACUAAUAAAACAAAAAGCAGCAUUUCGAUUACUCAAUUCAUACUAAAUAAACCGGGAUAUUCGAAAGGUGCCCAUAGAAAGGGAAUUAAAUCAAAUGUUGUAGGGUUGAUGAGAGAUGGAAAAUACUUGCAGCCAAAUGCUAUGGGGUUAAUGAUAUGUGUAUAUUGUGGGAAUUUAUACACGAAACAAGUAGAAUUGUUAUGCCACAUAACAAUCAAUCAUUGUAUAAAAGUAAACAAUUUUUAUAAGAUAAAAAUUCACCAUAAAACUAAAAGUGAUACAUGUAUUAUGGAAAAUGUUGAUAUAAAAGAUGAAAUUGAAGUAAUUGAACAUGAAUUGAAAGUGGAGCUGAAGGACAUUAAAAACCAGUUGGAUGUUACCGAUAAUUUGAACUCAAGUGUAAAUAAGGGUUUGAAAUCAAUUCAAAACAAUUCAUAUAUUCAUUCACAUACUUACACAAUCCCAAAACCAUUAAAAUUUGAUAUCAGUAGGAAACUUUUCUCUUAUGAAAAUAAUUUGAAUAUACAUAUGAAUACUCACAUAGGAAAUAAGCCUUUUAAGUGUGAUAUUUGUUAUAAAACUUUUUCACAGCACAGUGGUUUGAAGAGACAUUUGCAUAGUCAUACAGGAGAAAAGCCAUUCAAAUGUGACAUUUGUUUGAAACCAUUUUCACGGAAACAUGUUUUGAAGGAACAUUUACGUAAUCAUACAGGAGAAAAGCCUUUCCAAUGUGAUAUUUGUUUAAAAAGUUUUUCAUAUAAAGGUCACUUGAAGGUACAUUUGCGUAGACAUACAGGAGAAAAGCCAUUCAAAUGUGACAUUUGUUUAAAAACUUUUUCCCAUAAAGGUAACUUGAAGAAACAUUUGCGCAGUCAUACAGGAGAAAAGCCAUUCAAAUGUGAAUUUUGUUUCAAAACUUUUUCACAGUCAAUUGAGUUGAAGGCACAUUUUCGUAGUCAUACAGGAGAAAAGCCAUUUCAGUGUGACAUUUGUUUGAAAAAUUUUUCACGUGAAGAAAACUUCAAGACCCAUUUGCGUGGUCAUACAGGAGAAAAGCCAUUCAAAUGUGACAUUUGUUUGAAAAAUUUUGCACGUAAAGGAAACUUGAAGUCACAUUUGCGUAGUCAUACAGGAGAAAAGCCAUUCAAAUGUGACAUUUGUUUGAAAAAUUUUUCAGAUAGAAGUAAUUUGAGGACACAUAUGCGCAGUCAUACAGGAGAAAAGCCAUUCAAAUGUGAGAUUUGUAUGAAACAAUUUUCAUCAAAAAUCAAUUUGAAGACACAUUUGAAUAUCCAUACAGGAGAGAAGCCAUUCAAAUGUGAUAUUUGUUUGAAAACUUUUUCACAUAAAGGUUACUUGAAGACACAUUUGCGUGGUCAUACAGGAGAAAAGCCAUUCAAAUGUGACAUCUGCUUGAAACCAUUUUUACAGAAACAUGUUUUGAAGACACAUUUGCGUAAUCAUACUGGAGAAAAACCAUUUAAAUGUGAUAUUUGUUUCAAAACGUUUUCAGAUAGGAAUAAUUUGAAGAAACAUUUGCGUAGGCAUACAGGAGAAAAGCCAUUUAAAUGUGACAUUUGUUUGAAACUAUUUUCUCAGAAACAUGUUUUGAAGACACAUUUGCGUAAUCAUACAGGAGAAAAACCAUUUAAAUGUGAUAUUUGUUUGAAAUCUUUUUCACAUAAAGGUCACAUGAAGACACAUAUGCGUAGUCAUACAGGAGAAAAGCCAUUCAAAUGUGACAUCUGUUUGAAACCAUUUUCACAUAAACAUGUUUUAAAGACACAUAUGAAUAUCCAUACAGGAGAAAAGCCAGUGAGACUUUUAUUUUGGGAGUCUCUCUCUACCACUUAUAUGCUCCAAGAACACGAUAAUACAGGAAAGGUUAUUAACAGAGAAAUGGAUAUCCAAAAUCUUGAAGGAGAAAUUGAUAUCGAGGAUAAUUCUGUGACAAGUAUAGAUAUAAAACAAAAAUUGAUUGACGUAAUAUCUACAAUAGAAAUUCAAAAUACAAAUGAACAAAUAAAUGAAAUUCACUCUAUCAAACAAGAAAUCAACGAUGACUUCAAUACAAAUCAAAUAUUUGUGGAUAAACCAAAAAGGAACAUUUCGAAUACUCAAUUCAUAGUAAACGGAGCGGGAUAUUCGAAAGCUGCCCAUAGAAACGGAAUUAAAUUAAAAGUUACAGGACUGAUAAGAGAUGGAAAACAUUCGCAACCAAAUUCUAUGGGGUUAAUGAUAUGUGUAUAUUGUGGGAAUUUAUAUACAGAACAAGAAGAAUUGUUAUACCACUUGGCAAUAAAUCAUUGUAUAAAAGGAUACAAAUUUUCCAAAAUUAGAAAGCACCAUAAAAGUAAAAGUGAUACAUGUAUUAUGGAAAAUAUUGAUAUAAAAGAUGAAAUUGAAGUAAUUGAACAUGAAUUGAAAGUGGAGCUGCAGGACACCAUAAAUCAGUUUGAUCUUACUGAUAAUCUAAACUCAAGUUUACAUAAGCAUUUGAAAUCAAUUCAAACCAAUUCAAACAUGCAUUUACAUACUUACACAAGGACUAAACCAUUCAAAUGUGAUAUUGGUAGGAGCCUAUUCUCUUAUAAAAGUAAUUCAAAUAUAAAAAUGCAUAAUCACCCAGGAGAAAAGCCCUUCAAAUGUGAUAUUUGUUCUAAAACCUUUUCACAGAAAUAUGUUUUGAAGACACAUUUGCGUAAUCAUACUGGAGAAAAGCCAUUCAAAUGUGAUAUUUGUUUAAAAUCAUUUACAAGGAAAAUUAAUUUAAAAAAACAUUUUCAUAGUCAUACAGCAGAAAAGCCGUUCAAAUGUAACAUUUGUUUGAAAAGUUUUUCAGAUAGAAGUAUUUUGAAGAGAUAUUUGUGUAUCCAUACAGUAGAAAAGCAAUUCAAAUGUGACAUUUGUUUGAAAACGUUUUCACAGAAAAGUAAAUUGAAUAGGCAUUUGCGUAUCCAUACAGGAGAAAAGCCUUUCAAAUGUGAAAUUUGUUUAAAAACUUUUUCAGAUAAAAGUAAUAUAAAGAGACAUUUGCGAAGUCAUACAGGAGAAAGGCCAUUCAAAUGCUAUAUUUGUUUGAAACCAUUUUCACAGAAAAUUCUUUUGAAGACGCAUUUGCAUAGUCACACAGGAGAAAAACCAUUCAAAUGUGACGUUUGUUUCAAAACUUUUUCAGAUAGAAGUAAUUUGAAGAGACAUUUGUAUAAUCAUACAAGAGAAAAAUCAUUCAAAUGUGAAAUUUGUUCUAAAACUUUUUCACAGUUAAGUGAUUUGAAGGCACAUUUGCGCAGUCAUACAGGAGAGAAGCCAUUCAAAUGCGAAGUUUGUUUUAAAACUUUUUUACGUAGGAAUGGUUUGAAAAUACAUUCAUAUACUCAUAUGGGAGAAAAGCCAUUCAAAUGUGACAUUUGUUUUAAAACUUUUCCACAGUCAAGUGAUUUAAAAAAACAUUUGCGUAUCCAUACAGGAGAAAAGCCAUUCAAAUGUGAAGUUUGUUUUAAAACUUUUUCAUGUAGGAAUGGUUUUAAAAUACAUUCGUAUACUCAUACGGGAGAAAAGCCAUUCAAAUGUGACAUUUGUUUUAAAACUUUUCCACAGUCUUGUGAUUUAAAGAAACAUUUGCGUAUCCAUACAGGAGAAAAGCCAUUCAAAUGUGACAUUUGUUUUAAAACUUUUCGGCAGUCAAGUGAUUUGAAAAAACAUUUGCGUAUCCAUACAGGAGAAAAGCCAUUCAAAUGUGAUAUUUGUUUGAAACCGUUUUCACGGAAAAUUAAUUUGACGACACACUUGUGUAGUACAGGAGAAAACAUUUGCGAAAAUGUACAAGAGAAAAACCAUUGA